AAGAGAUGCAUGAAGAAGAGGAGUUUGAUUUCAGUGAAGUUAUGAUUCACCAAGUGAUUCACACUAUUGAAUUUUGCCUGGGUUGCAUUUCGAACACUGCAAGUUACCUUAGAUUGUGGGCAUUAAGUUUGGCUCAUGCCCAAUUGUCGGCGGUAUUGUGGGAUAUGACUCUUAAACCUUCGUUCGGCAUAAAAGGACCACUAGGAAUUAUUGCUCUGAUCAUAGCAUCAACUUUAUGGUUGUCUUUGACCAUUGUUAUUCUGUUAUUGAUGGAAGGCUUGUCGGCAUUCUUACAUGCUUUGCGUUUGCAUUGGGUUGAAUUUAACAAUAAAUUUUACGAAGGAACCGGCAGAAAAUUCGAUCC